UCAAUAGUACCAAUCAAGGAGUCAAGGAUGACUGCAAGCGGUAUCGGCGAUGGCGAGAAGGGGGCGGCAGCGUUGUGGUCGAUCGCGGCCAGCGCUAUGUUCCUUUGGCCCUUCGUUUACCGGUACUUCCCCGGCAUCCAGUACUAUCUCGCUAAAUACUGCCACCGCCUCGUCUCUCUCGUCUCCCCCUACAUCCACAUCACCUUUCCCGAGUUCUCCGGCGAGCACAUGAAGCGCAGCGACGCCUACACCGCCAUCGAGUCUUAUCUCGCUGCCUCCUGCACUCAAUCUGCCACCAAGCUCAAGGCCGAGCUCGGGAAGGACUCUUCCUCCCUUACCCUCAGCAUGGACGAGCACGAGGAGGUCACCGACGACUUCCGCGGCGCUCGAAUCUGGUGGACCUCUGUCUCCCGCUCACCACCUCAGAACUCCAUGUCCUUCUACCCGCAGCCGGACUCCCGCCGCUACUUCCGACUCAUCUUCCAUCGUCGUCACCGCGACCUCGUCGUGGGAUCCUACCUCGACCACGUCCUCGCUGCGGGGCGCAAGGCCACCUUCGCAAAUCGCCGCCGCAAGCUCUACACCAACAACCCCAGCAACAAUUGGUACGGUUACAAGAAGUCUGUCUGGAGCCACGUCACGUUCACCCAUCCCUCGACGUUCGCGACCAUGGCGAUGGACCCCGACAAGAAGAAGGAGAUCGUGGCCGAUCUGGAGGCGUUCCGCAGCGGGAAGGACUUUUACGCCAAGAUCGGCAAGCCAUGGAAACGCGGCUACCUCCUCUACGGCCCUCCAGGAACCGGCAAGUCCACCAUGAUCGCCGCCAUCGCCAACUACCUCGAUUACGACAUCUACGACCUCGAGCUCACCUCCGUCAAGGACAACACCGAGCUCCGGAAGCUGUUUAUCGAAACAACCGGCAAGUCCAUCAUCGUGAUUGAAGACAUCGACUGCUCGCUCGACCUCACUGGCGAGCGGAAAAAGAAGGACGACAAGGAGGACGACGACAAGGAGGGUAGCAGUGACGGAAAGCCUCCAGUGAAACCGCCCGGGGAUAAUGAGAAACAGAGCAAGGUGACCCUCUCGGGACUUCUUAACUUCAUCGACGGAUUAUGGUCGGCGUGCGGCGGCGAGCGGCUCAUCAUAUUCACGACCAACUACGUGGAGAAGCUCGAUCCGGCGCUGAUACGGCGCGGAAGGAUGGACAAGCACAUCGAGAUGUCGUAUUGCUGCUUCGAGGCAUUUAAGGUGUUGGCGGCCAACUACCUCGGGAUCGUCGAUGGCGAGCACUGGCUGUUCGAGAACGUGAGGGUGCUGAUAGAUGAGGUGAAGAUGACGCCGGCCGACGUGGCCGAGAAUCUGAUGCCCAAAUCGGGGGGCGAUGCAGAAUCGUGCCUCCGGAGGCUGAUCCAAUCGCUGGAGGAGGCCCGGAAAAAAACGACAGCGAAGGCGGAGGAGGGAAAUAGCACCGACGGGACGGCGGAGAGCGAGGUGGUUAAUAAUUAAUUAAUACCUAAUUCCUAAUUAGAAUUAUAAUUUUACAAAUUACUCUUAAUUUGUAGUGGUCAUAUCGAUUCGCAACUUGUUUGGUGGAGAUGUAUUGUUAGAAAAAGAAUUAUUAGAGAAGAAAUAAAAAAAAUAUGGGAGAAAAUAAUAUGGAAGAGGAGGAUAAAUUCGAAGAGAA